UCGAUAACACGCUAUCGAAACUAUAACUACUGUAGUUGACAGCCAACAAUAAACAGCCGGCUGCCUAAACAACAAACUUAGCGCCAAAAAUAAAAUAUAAUUAACAAAAUAAAAAAAUAUAUAUUUCAAAAAUAGCAGCCAUGGUCGAUGCCAGCAAAUUGCAGCAGCAGCAGCGCAAACCCAGCGCCGACACAUUUCUGCCCCUCAGCCGAGUGCGCACUAUCAUGAAGAGCUCCAUGGACACCGGUUUAAUUACCAACGAGGUGCUUUUCCUUAUGACCAAGUGCACGGAGCUGUUUGUGCAGCAUUUGGCCCGUGAGGCAUACACGGCUACAAGUGGCGAAACCUUGAAGUACGAGCACUUGUCGCAGCUGGUCAACAAGAGCAAGAAUCUGGAGUUCUUGCUGCAAAUUGUGCCGGAAAAAAUACGUGUCCACGAGUUCCAGGAGAUGUUGCGACUGAAUCGCGCCAGCGGCAGUGAUGAAGAUGACGACGACGAUGAGUCCGGCUCCGAGUCUGAAUCGGAGGCAGAGUAAAGCGGAUCAAGCAGCAACAAAACAAAAAAUUCUAGACUUUAAGAUCAGAUUAAUACCGAAUAUUGUAAAAUAUCACAUAAGAAAUUAAGUUUUCUUUAAUCAUAUUUGUCUGUCUGUUUAUCCUAAUCUCUAAGCUGCACAUCCAUUUAUUUAACUCAUAUUCAUAUAUUAGCAAUCAACUUAAAUGAGUUUUAUGAAAUCGUUUAGCAUUCCUUUGCAACUAAAUUUUGACACUCAACGUUUUUUUUUGCAGAUAAUAGUAAGAAUAUAUCUGCAUAACUCUUAAGUAAUGUAUCUCUUUUUGCAAACUAGUAUCCUUAUGCUCUAACUUAAUUGGAAAUCAAUUGUAACUGCAGUCCGGGGUGUUUUACAGUCGAGCACACUCGAUUGCAUCUUGCUUUCUAAGAUAUAUCGUCAUCAUUGUAUGCAAAUUAAAAGAAGUCGUAUGGCUAGAUUUCACCACACUCUAAGUACAGCUAUUAAAUCAUAUCUAUGUGACCGCCAGCUUGGAGCAAGGUGAAAGAUGACGCUGCCAAAUUGAAGUGGCCUGAUAAAAGCACAACAGCAAACAGCAAACCACUGGCAAUGUCAAUAGAUCCCCUUCAAUACCACCAAUACACAACACAACACACACACACAAUCAGAUAUUCAGUAUUUAGAGUAAAUAUUUAAUUGCACUGUUGUAGAAUAAAGCAAAACAAAAAAAAAAAGAUAGAUAGUACAUAGACUAAUAUGAUGUUCAUGUGGAUUAGAUCUUGAGGCCGACGCCU